AUGGCAACCAUAAAGAAAUGUAACAAGAGAGAGAAAAUAAAUAUUUUCCUCUUUUUCACAAAAAUAUCAUUGUUUCUUCUUUUAAAUUGGAUAUUAGAUAGUUCUAAUGAUCAAAAAUGUGGUAAAUCUUGUAAGAAUGACAUUCAGAUACUAUUAGUUUCAAGAACUAACAGAUCAUUGGCAUCAAGGAGGAGACGCAAUGGUUCAAAUUUUCCAGUUUGUAGAACUCGUAUAGUAAAAGAUAUUACGCAUGGAGGACUUAAGGAAUAUAAAGAGAAUUUUGAAAAUAAACGUUAUAAAUUAACGGAAAAUGAGAAAGAUGGAAAUAAGGAUUGCGAUGAACAUUAUGAAGCAGCAAAUUAUGGAUUUAAAGAAAAAUGUCCCUAUGAAGUAAAUAAGUCUUAUGGAGGUGCAACUCCCGGGCCAAAUCUUUUCGAAUUAAGAAAACGAUUCCGUUGUGGAGCACUUUUUAAUGAUAGAAAUGGAAGAAUGAGUUCAUUAGUAGAUAUACUACCUGGAUCUUUAGAAGAAUGUGAAAGAAAAAUUUAUGGACCAAGGAAUGAAUUUAGAAGUGUGUUUUACAAAAGAAGCAUACCCACGAAGAGGAAAGUUAAAAGGAGAAAAGUAGAAGAAGAAGAAGAAGAUGAAUAUUUCCCAUUACGUAAUAAGAUAUCUGCUGGAUUAAGAGUAGGCACAAAUAGCAGAAAGGAAACUUAUAUGAGUGGUAAAAAGAACUUUCCAGUUUCUGAAUAUUAUAAAGAAGAAUCAUCAACCACAUCAGAAGAUGAACCUGAGGAAGUCGAGAAAAAAGAAGAAAAAUUCGAUUUAAAAUACACUCCCAGAGAUGGAUUAGAAUCGUUUAGUAAGGCACAUGAACGUGAAGAAGAAAAACAAACAUGUGAUAUACCAGAAGACGUUUCCACAGACAGAAAAGGUCCUGUUGUAGAAGAAUAUGAAGAAGAAAAACCAUGUAUUUCCGUAGAGGAAAAAUCUGAAGAUGCCUUAAAAGACACUGAUAAAACUGAUGAAACAUCAUGUGUUUCUGAUAAGGAACACCUCCCUACAAUCGUAGAAGUAGAAGAAGUCGAUGAAAAGGAUACAACAACACCGGAUAUUAAAGAGGAAGAAGUUACACCAGAAGAUGAAUUAAAAGAAUCUGAUAAAAAAGUAGAAGAAGUUGAUGAAAAGGAUACAACAACACCGCAUGUUAAAGAGGAAGAAAUUACACCUGAAGAUGAAUUAAAAGAAUCUGAUAAAAAAGUAGAAGAAGAAGAUAAAACUGAUGAGACUUGCAAGAUUAGUAAUGUAGCAGAUGAUGAAGUAGGAGAGGAAACAUCAGAUGCUAAACCAAUGGACGGUUACUAUUCAGUAAAAGAACAUGAUGCUGAAGAUGAAUCAUGGACUACUACUUGGAAUAGCAUGUCAUCUACUCCAGAUGAAAAAGGUGAAAAAUCCAAAACUAAAUUAUCUCAUAAGCGAAUAUCUAAAAAAAAAUUAAAGAGAAAAUGUAAAAGAAAAAAACUUAAAUCAGAGAGAAAGGAUACCACCACCCCUGAAGAGAAAAUCGACGAGAAAGAAGAACAAACUGAAGAUAUUCCAACAUACGAGGAAACUACUAGCAUUGUAGAACAAACCGAAGCGGAUAUAGAUGAACAAAGAAAAACAGAAUUAGAGGAAACCACGGAAAAAGAAGAAGAAAGGAAACAUAAAAAAUCAAAAUCCGAGGCACCCUUCCAGGAGGUUAUUACAGGAUACGUCCGAAGGGAACCUGAAAAGUCAUUAUUCAAUUGCUUUUAUUACCCAAAAACCGUGGAUGAUGAAGCAUUACCAAAUAUUACGACAAAGUCAAGGCUCUUCAAAAACUGGGGAGAAAAGAUUCCAGAUCAUUUACCAGAAUCUAUAUUUAAACCAGAUGAUUUCAAUUUAGAAGAUGAUAGUGCAAAUUUAAAACCAAAAGGCGGUUUGCUCCCGCAUAAGCCGCAAUAUAGGCAUAAGAAGUAUUUAAAACCAAAAAUUAUUUUACGCACUCCCGAUAUUCCAAAACAUAAGCGUAAGAAAAAAUUAACCACAAAAAAAGAUAAGAAUAAGACAUAUGAAGCAUUCAAAGGUACGCUUUGGCCAGAGCUACUUGGCUUAGAUGAAAUGCUAGAUACGAAGCCGACACCGUGGAUACCCACUGUAGAAGAAACCGAUAAGGUAAUAAUCGAAACACCAGAAAUUACUCCAACACCCGAGAUUUCUACUGUUGAAGAAAUCGAUGAGGCGACAGACGGAACUCCGGAAACCAAGUCAAAGAGCAAGAACAAAGCUAAACAGGAAUGCGAUAAGAAAAAAGAUAAGAAGGAUAAAAAAAAAGAUAAGAAAGAUAAAAAAAAAGAUAAAAAAAAAAAAAAGAGAAAAGAAACCGAUAAAAUUAAAGAUGAAACACCAGAAAUUACUCCAACACCCGAGAUUUCCACUGUAGAAGAAACCGAUAAGAUAAUAAUCGAAACACCAGAAAUUACUCCAACACCCGAGAUUUCCACUGUUGAAGAAACCGAUAAGGCGACAGACGGAACUCCGGAAACCAAGUCAAAGAGCAAGAACAAAGCUAAACAGGAAUGCGAUAAGAAAAAAGAUAAGAAGGAUAAAAAAAAAGAUAAGAAAGAUAAAAAAAAAGAUAAAAAAAAAAAAAAAGAGAAGUCAACAACAGAGAUUUCGACUAUAGAAGAAACCGUUAAGGUUCAGGAAGAAACAUCAGAAAUUACACCAACACCAGAGAUAUCUGUUGUAGAAGAAACCGAUAAAAUUAAAGAUGAAAAACCAGAAAUUACUCCAAUACCCGAUAUUUCCACUGUAGAAGAAACCGAUAAAAUUAAAGAUGAAACACCAGAAAUUACACCAACACCCGAGAUUUCCACUGUAGAAGAAACCAAUAAGGAUAUAGAAGAAAAAUCUGGAAGUACCUCAAUAUUUUCUUGCUUUUCUAAAAAGAAAAAAGGCCAUAAGAAAGAUAAGAAACAGAAAAAGAAGUCAAAGAAAAAGAAGUCAACGACUCAAAUAACAACUGUAGAAGAAACCGAAAAAAUAACAGACGAAACACCAGAGAUUACACCAACACCUGAGAUUUCCAAUGUAGAAGAUAUGGAUAAGACACAUGAAGUAUUCAAAGGUACGCAUUGGACAGAGCUAGUUAGCAUAGAUGAAAUGUUAGAUACGAAGCCGACACCGUGGAUGUCUACUGUAGAAGAAACCGAUAAAAUUAAAGAUGAAACACCAGAAAUUACUCCAAUACCCGAGAUUUCCACUGUUGAAGAAGCCGAUAAGAUAAUAAUCGAAACACCAGAAAUUACUCCAACACCCGAGAUUUCCACUGUUGAAGAAACCGAUAAAGCUACAGACGAAACAUCUGAAAGUAAAUCAGUAUUUUCGGGCUUUUUCAAAAAGAAAAAAGGCGAUAAGAAAGAUAAGAAACAAAAAGAGAAGUCAACAACUGAAAUAACAACUGUAGAAGAAACCGAAAAAAUAACAGUCGAAACACCAGAAAUUACACCAACACCUGAGAUAUCUGUUGUAGAAGAAACUGAUAAAAUUAAGGAUGAAACACCAGAAACUACGCCAACACCAGAGAUUUCCACUGUUGAAGAAACCGAUAAGGCGACAGACGAAACAACUGAAAGUAAGUCAGUAUUUUCGGGCUUUUUCAAAAAGAAAAAAGGUGUUAAGAAAGAUAAGAAACAAAAAGAGAAGUCAACAACUCAAAUAACAACUGUAGAAGAAACCGAAAAAAUAACAGUGGAAACACCAGAAAUUACACCAACACCUGAGAUAUCUGUUGUAGAAGAAACUGAUAAAAUUAAAGAUGAAACACCAGAAAUUACUCCAACACCCGAGAUUUCCACUGUAAAAGAAACUGAUAAGAUAAUAAUCGAAACACCAGAAAUUACUCCAACACCCGAGAUUUCCACUGUUGAAGAAACCGAUAAGAUAAUAAUUCAAACACCAGAAAUUACACCAACACCCGAGAUUUCCACUGUAGAAAAAACCGAUAAGGUGACAGACGGAACUCCGGAAACCAAGUCAAAGAGCAAGGACAAAGCUAAACAGAAAUACUAUAAAAAAAAAGAUAAGCAAGAUAAAAAAAAAAGAAAAGAGAAGUCAACAACUCAAAUAACAACUGUAGAAGAAACGGAAAAAAUAACAGUCGAAACACCAGAAAUUACACCAACACCUGAGAUAUCUGUUGUAGAAGAAACUGAUAAAAUUAAAGAUGAAACACCAGAAAUUACUCCAACACCCCCCGAUAUUUCCACUGUUGAAGAAACCGAUAAAGUGACAGACGGAACUCCGGAAACCAAGUCAAAGAGCAAGGACAAAGCUAAACAGGAAUACUAUAAAAAAAAAGAUAAGCAAGAUAAAAAAACAGAUAAGGAAGUUAAAAAAACAGAUAAGGAAGAUAAAAAAACAGAUAAGGUAGAUAAAAAAAAAAGAAAAGAGAAGUCAACAACUCAAAUAACAUCUGUAGAAGAAACCGAAAAAAUAACAGUGGAAACACCAGAAAUUACACCAACACCUGAGAUAUCUGUUGUAGAAGAAACUGAUAAAAUUAAAGAUGAAACACCAGAAAUUGCGCCAGCAACCGAGAUUUCCACUGUAGAAGAAGCCGAUAAAGCUACAGAAAAAACAUCUGAAGGUAAGUCAGUAUUUUCGGGCUUUUUCAAAAAGAAAAAAGGCGUUAAGAAAGAUAAGAAACAAAAAGAGAAGUCAACAACUCAAAUAACAACUGUAGAAGAAACCGAAAAAAUAACAGUGGAAACACCAGAAAUUACACCAACACCUGAGAUAUCUGUUGUAGAAGAAACUGAUAAAAUUAAAGAUGAAACACCAGAAAUUACUCCAAUACCCGAGAUUUCCACUGUUGAAGAAGCCGAUAAGAUAAUAAUCGAAACACCAGAAAUUACUCCAACACCCGAGAUUUCAACUUUAGAAGAAACUGAUAAGAUGGCAGGGGAAACAUCUGAAAAUCAUUCAAAAUUUAAGAGUUUUUUCAGAAAGAAAAAAGUUGAUAAAAUUGAUAGAAAAGAAAAAUAUAUGUCAACAACUGAGAUGACAACUAUAGAAGAAACCGAAAAGGAGAAAGACGAAACACCCGAAGUCUGCACCGAAGAAGAAACUGUAAAGGGGGAAGACGAAACCCCAAAAGUUACUCCAACAUCUGAUAUUUCCAUUGUACAAAAAUCCCAUAAGAAGACAUAUGAAUCAGAUGAAUCUAUGUCAAAACACAAGAUCUCUACCAAGGAAACACAUAAAACUCAAUCAACACACGAGAUUCAUAAUGUAGAAGAAACGGAUAUAAUGAAUUAUAAAACACCAAGUGAGAAAGUAUUGUUGAAGUACACUACUGAGUUAGGUGAACAUGAUGAUAUAGAAAAUGAAAUAUAUACAACGUGGAGGAACAAAUAUAUAAAAUUGAAAGAUAAGAAUGUAGGAAAUAGUACAACAACAUACAAGUAUUCAACAGAAAAAAAUGUUAAUGAAGAAGGUGAUUCACUAAAUAGGUAUCCAAUGGAUAAAUUCCUAAAUGAGAAAAAGGAGAACGUUAUAGGGGUUAAAGAAGAAGAUGAAUCACGAUAUGGAUUAUCCCUGUUUAAGGGUAGGACACCAUAUGGUGAUUUGGCUCCACAUACAAUAUGGAGGUGUAAAUGUUCAUCUGUACAAUAUAGUGCAGGUGAUAUAACACCAAAUGGUUCAUGA